UGCUCCUCGCAGUAAUUUAGGACAGUUGGUCAACGAGUGAGAGCGAAAUACACACCGGCACAACACCCCGGCCUCCAAACAUCUUUUUUUUUGGUGGUUAUUAUUUUGUGGUCUCAAAAAGAAGAUCUGGAGCGAGAGAGAGGAAGAGCCGGAGGAAGAUUCAAAGUGCUAUCUUUCCCGAGGCGGUGUUUCUUUAUCCGCCCAGCAUCCUCAACGAGAAAUAACGCGGAGUAGUGACAUUGGACACGACACGUGUGGAUGAUUAACCGCGUCUCCUUGCAGACACUUUUGGAUCGUUUUAGAGGACGCAGCGAGGCUCUGCGGGGGUGAUGUCGGAGGUCUCUGCAGACUGCCGUCCUCCAGAGGACACGCAACUGAAAGAGAGCCAAGAGCACGGGACUUUACUGAUGGUGGCGAUGAUUUUACUGGACUUGAAGAAAUGCAACCCGGACGCGAUCGGCUCUGGAGGAGGAGGAGGAGGCAGAUGCGUGGAGGCGCAGCAGAGCCGCAUGGACGGCCAGGACGCGCGGGGAUCCUCGGCUCUGAAACCCGCCCGCAACAAGGCUGCGGGGGGGAGACCGCAGGCUCCCGAGAAGAGACACCGCUGCCCCUUCACCGGCUGCGGGAAGGUGUACGGCAAGUCGUCCCACCUCAAGGCUCAUCUCAGGGUGCACACCGGUGAGCGCCCCUUCAAGUGUACCUGGCCUGACUGUGGAAAGAAGUUCUCUCGAUCAGACGAGCUCACCCGCCACUAUCGCACACACACAGGCGAGAAGCGCUUCAACUGCCCACUGUGCGACAAGUGCUUCAUGAGGAGUGACCACCUGACUAAACAUGCCCGACGACACGCAGGCUUCCAUCCCAGCAUGCUGCAGGGCUCCAGUGUGGCCAAGAGACGCCGCUGCUCCGUGUCCAUGUCCUCCUCUGAAUCUGGGGACCAAAGCCCUACAGGAGUCUGAAACACACCCACAUACUGUACAGGUAUACAUGAAGGUACACAGCAGGCAGAGAGGCUCGCGCACCCACAUGUAACAUACGUACCUUUUACAAAAAUCCCGCCAAUGUCAGACAGCUCAACCAGCCAUACUACAGUUCAGGGAGUUUUCUUUUCACAUGUGACAUUGUGCAACAGCAAAUAGCAACAUUUUGGACCUGCCUGCAGUCAAACUAGAGCUCAAAGUCUUAUUCCCUUUCGUGUUAAAUAAGGGUUAUUCAAGGUCCGUCAGGAAAGUGCAGCUGUCUCAGACUUUGUGUAACAGUUUUAAUGAGCGACUGUCCCAUCAAAGUGAUAUUCCUGUACAUUUACACCAUUGCUUGAAAAAAACACUAUAUGUGUUCACUUUCACACUAUGUUUGAAGAUGAAGUCAACAACAAGAAAAAUGGACAAUAAAAUAUUGCAAUGGAUUGAUUCCUAGUGCAUAGAGGAGUUUUGGCGAUUGUCUUUUAGUGAAUGUUAACGCAGACUUUUGUACAGUUGCCUUUCAGUCCAGGUCCAUGUGAAUACAUGCUAUAGCAGUAUUACUAUGUAAAUAUUAUACAGACUCUACUCAGAAUACUAUAGUUAAAUGUUAUUAGAGAGUAAUAAGAAAAGUUAUAAUAUAGGGAGAUAUACAAAGCUUUGUUCUUUAAUUUCAUAUGUAUGAUGAUAGAAAUCAGGUAUAAUCAGGUGUGUUAUGAGGUUGUAGGUAUAUAUAGUGUGUUUUCUGUGUGGAAACGAAAAUGUUGAACUUGCAAAUGAAUGCACCAAAAUACAUUUAUAGUACUUAAGCAAGACCAUAACACAUGAGCCAGUCUCAUGGGAAGACACGAUCACACUUCAGCACUUGUGUUGCUUCUUUCAGACUUUAAUUGUGUUACCAGUGCAGGGCAACAUAACAGGGUAAAGCCUUUUAAAAGUGGUCACUUUUCCCCUUUUUUUCUGAUUAAAGAUCACUAGAUCAAUGACUGUCUCUAAUACCGAUGGUGCCAGUUGCUGUAUGAUGAAACCAUAUUUAAAAUUAGUUUGUGGACUGCAUUUUAUAAAGGACUCAUGUUAUUUGUGGUCAUGCCAAUCAACAUUGCACCCCCAAGUGGUGACAUGGAAGCACAACAUUUCUUACAGUGAGUUUUUAUUUUGUAUUUUAGUUGUAGCACUUUGAGGACAGCACUCAUCAUUUGUGAACAAUUGUAUUCCAUCGUGUAGCAUGCUUGUGUGUAUUUCUUUGGUACAACCUAUAUUUUAUUUGUCUGUUAAUCUUUUAUAAUAUUACUAAUGGGGUGGGAGGACUUAUUAGUCCACUGCAGGAGCCAGAUACAUUGUUGAUGUCAUUAGUUAUUCUUUUUAUACUUGUCACCUAAUUCAUUCAAGUGUCUAAGCAGAGUGAUAUAAUUGCAGGAAUCAAACAUUACAGACAUUUGCUAAGUGAAAUGUUGUUUUUCAUUUCUGGCAUUAUGAUAACUGUGAUUACAUGCUGGUGCCUUUCAGGUUGAAUCCUUCUUCUUCUGAUGCUACUGUACUGUAAUCAGGGACGGACAAUGCAGACCCCAUGUUAUUGCAAUACACCUUGCUGUGUAAUAAUUACUGCUCAUGGGUUUAACAUUAAAAUUAUUUUUUUCUUACUAAA